AUGGGCGAGAAUAAACCGGUUGAGUUCAAAAAGCACACUUCCAUCGUCAUUUUCGGGGCGUCGGGCGACUUGUCCAAGAAAAAAACGUUCCCAGCAUUGUUCGGGCUGUUCAGAGAGGGAUAUCUGGACGCAAGCUGCAAAAUUAUAGGGUUUGCACGUUCCAAGCUUUCGGACGAUGAUCUCAGAAAGAAAAUUGAACCUAACCUCAAGAAACCCAACGGUGAGAAGGACACAGAAAAAGUGACCCAGUUUUUGCAGAUGGUCACGUACAUCUCGGGACCCUACGACCAAAGCGAGGGCUACGAAAAAUUGCGCAAAGCGUUCGAGGACCACGAAAAGGAAAACAAGGUCGAACGCCCCAACAGGCUUUUCUACCUGGCGCUGCCACCAAGCGCCUUCGUUUCAGUGUGCAAAGAGAUCAAGAAGACCGUGUACGCCGAAAACGGGGAGAACAGAGUGGUUGUCGAAAAGCCAUUCGGCCACGACCUGGACUCCUUCCGUGAGCUUCAAAACGACCUUGCUCCGCUCUUCAGCGAAGACGAGCUUUUCAGAAUCGACCACUAUCUCGGCAAGGAAAUGGUUAAGAACCUCGUACUCAUUAGAUUCGGCAACACAUUUUUGAACGCCGCAUGGAACAAAGAAAAUAUUCAAAACAUCCAAAUUUCCUUCAAGGAGCCAUUCGGGACGGAAGGCCGUGGUGGCUAUUUCGACGAAAUCGGUAUCAUAAGAGACGUGAUGCAAAAUCACCUGCUGCAGAUCCUGACUUUGCUCACCAUGGAACGCCCAGUUGCCUUCGACGCGGAGUCCGUCCGUGAUGAGAAGGUGAGAGUCCUCAAAGCGUUUGCCCCAAUAGACACAAAUGAUAUUUUGACCGGUCAAUAUGGUCCAUCAGAAGACGGUUCCAAACCAGGCUAUCUAGACGAUGACACUGUCGACCCAAAAUCCAAGUGCGUCACCUUUGCCGCUAUUGGAUUCAAAAUUCAAAACGAGCGCUGGGACGGUGUUCCUAUCGUUAUGAGAGCCGGUAAAGCUCUAAACGAAGGCAAAGUGGAAAUCAGAAUUCAGUUCAAAGGUGUUCCAUCCGGCAUGUUUAAUGAAAUUGCUCACAACGAAUUGGUCAUCAGAGUGCAACCUGACGAAGCCAUUUACUUGAAAGUCAACAGCAAGACUCCUGGUCUUUCGACUAGCUGCCAAGUUACGGAGCUAGACUUGACAUACGCAAGACGGUACAAGGACUUCUGGAUACCUGAAGCUUACGAGGCAUUGAUAAAGGACGUUAUGACCGGCGACCAUUCCAAUUUUGUAAGAGACGACGAACUGGAUGUCAGCUGGAAACUUUUCACCCCACUUUUGAACCAUUUAGAAGGCCCAGAUGCCCCAACUCCAGAAAAAUACGCCUAUGGAUCUAGAGGGCCUAAAAACUUGGUGAAAUUCCUCGAAAAUCACGACUAUGUUUUCGAAGAUAGCAACCUGUACCAAUGGCCUGUGUCUACGCCUGGUGUAGCAUCAAACAACUCGAAAAUUUGA